AUGUCCAACAACGGUGGCAACAUCACAACACUACUACAUUUGAUACUGCAAGUAACAACGGUUCACCAAAAAUACCUACAAACACUAACGGAUAUUGUACACGCCGCCAGCCAAGAUCGUAGCAUAAAUACCUUAAUUUAUACCACUUACGAGCAUCAUGAUGUGCCUGCACCAUUGCACAGUCUACAAUCUGAGCAUAUCCUAACCGCUUUGGCUAAGAGACUGCCAACACAACCACUCAUACAUUUCGACCACACACCGCCGGUCGAGGAACUUGCACAACGUUUCAAUAAAGAUAUCCUAACCAUUGCUAAACUCAAUCAGCAAGCUGAACUCGAUGAACGUCUGUUGAAGACAUUAUGGCAACGUCUCUUGCGAAAUACACAAACGCGAUUAAUACUACUCUUCGAUGACUUGGCUAGUGAGAUGUAUGUCGCAAAUUUAAUGAAAAUAUGUGUGAAGCAUCGAGCGUUUCAUGUGAUUGCCCUGCAGCCACGUAUGACAGUGACGGCGGGAAAUUAUUGGUGUUUGCGUAUAUUUCCCAAAGAAGAGACGUUCAAAUGCAGAUUUGCCACUGAUCACAGUAAUAUAUUUCCAAAACCACUUGCGAAUAUGCAUGGCCACCCGAUACGCUUACUACAAUUCUCUUGGUAUCCACAAAUCUAUUAUUACACACCGAAAGUUGGUGGGCCAGCCCAACUGAGCGGGUUUGUGGGCAGAGGCUUGGCGGAAUACGCUCGUUACUAUAAUGCCACAAUUGCACCCACAAGAAGUUAUCAGAAUAGUGUUAUAAAGCGUAGUGAUAGUGUACAACUCCUCGAUAAUGAUACCAUCGAUUUGACUUCAUCCACACCGUUUUACACUCAGUUCCUCGAUGCGGGUUUACCGGUUAUAUAUUAUUACAGCGAAUUGGUUUUGAUGGUGCCCAUGGAACAGCCUUUACCGAAGGCUACAUUCUACUACAACAUUGUGCAAGAAACAGUGGCAGUGCUGUUUUGCUUAACAUCAAUAUUAUACACUAUUGUAUGGCAGUUGGUGUUCCGGUGGGAGCACAAACGUCAACUUACAAUCACUGCUGAUAUCAUGAAUUUUUCCAUUUUCAUUGGUUUAUUGGGCCUACCGUUUGAUGGUGCAAAGUGUAAAACUUUCAUACAAAAAAUUAUGUUAUUCACCAUUUCAAUCGCGGGUGUUAUAAUUGGCACCGCUUAUGGUGCUUAUCUGGGAAGUUUUAUUGUGGACGCACCGAUUGCAUCACCCGUCCAAACGAUUGAUGAUUUACUAGAGCGUGGCAUAAAAGUGGCUGGCAGCAUGAAAUAUCUGAUAUGGAUUUCGAAUACAAAAAGGUAUAGAAAGUAUGCAAAUAAUUUCACGAUAUUUGAAAACUAUUCGGCAUAUCAUUUAAAACGGGAUGAACUGGAUACCCGCUAUGCAUUUUUGGUUACUGAUAUGUGGCCUUUAUACGAAGAACAACAAAAGUAUUUUACGCGUCCGCUCUUUCGACUCUCAAAUAUUUGCCUGGGUGCGAGAUAUCCCAUGGUUCUGGCUUUACAGAGGAACUCAAUACAUCGCGAAGCAAUGCAUAAACAUGUAUUGUAUCUAAGCGAGGCGGGUCUCAUUGAUUACUGGCAGCGUCACAUUUUUGUGGAGUUCUUAGAUAUGGGCUGGUUAGUACUAGAAGAUCGCAAUAAGCGGGAGCCUAUCGAGCCAAUGAGGCUGGAGGAUUUACGAUUGGUCCUAAUGGAAAUGUUUGGUUUGCUUAUUUUGUGUGUAAUUUGUUUUAUUUUCGAA